UUCAAGCACUCGUCGUCGCAGCAGCGAGGUCACCACGCGCGCGGCUCUGUCUCUCUUGUCUUUCUCGUUUAAUCCCGCCUGGGAUCUAUUCUCUCUCUCGCGGGAGCACCGGGUCAACGAGGCUCCGGUGUUCAGAGCCCCGGGACAGGACAUACGACUCCUGACACAUGGACGGUGGCUGCUUGGUAGAGACGCCGAGUACCGGGACUCAUUAACAAAUUCCUCCCAGUGCAGUGGCAGCGCCCCCUGGAGGCUGAGGGCUGAUGGAGCAGCAGGCGAGAGGAGACAGCGUCAGCCCCGAGGGCCGAGGGGAGGGGGCGGGGGACAGCCCCGACUGCCCCGGCCGCCCUGGGGUCACCACCCCCCCGGCGGAGUCCCGGGCCCAAGGGCACAACGGCACCAUGCUGAGACCGCUCAGGGGCUGGGCGACGGACGCCAGCGUACCACGUCUCAUGAUUCCGCUGUUCUGCGCGGUGGAGCGUGCCGGCGCAGGGGGCGUGGCCUGCGACCAAGAGGGGCGUGGCGAACGGCACGCUGACUUCGUAUUGGUCGGUCGGGACGUUCUCUUCAGCCGACUGGUGGAGACGGCCGUGCUGGCACUUGGCUACACACACUCUGCAGCUGCGCAGGCCAGAGGUAUCAUCAAGGUUGGCAGCUGGAAGCCCAUGCCAAUCCACUUCCUGACGGACACCCCGGAGGCCACCGUAGCAGACAUACUGCUGGACGUGUACCACAUGGUGACACUACAGAUACUACUGCACAGCUUCCCCCGGCUGGAGGAGCUGCCGCCGGAGCAGUGGAGCCCGGCCUCGGUGAGGCGCGCCCUGAAGGAGCUGCUCACAGGGAGGAGCCCGGGCAGCCUGGCCCCCGAGUGCCCCCUCUCCCAGAGCAUGAUCUGGGCCAUCGUCAGUAGAUCCUACGACACCAACAUGUCGGCCUCUAAGUGCCAGGAGUUUGGCCGGUGGUACAGGCGACACCAGCGCCUCAGAACCAGCUCCUUCUGUCCAAGGGAAUUCCCCGACAAGCGGUGGUCCGGACGCCACAAGCAGGAUAUUAAAGUGAAGAGGGACGUCACAGAUGUUCACGUCCAGACCCAAGCCCUAUCCCCACUGCUCCACUCCCCCACCUCGGCCUCCCCCAGGGGGCCUCGGCACAUCCAGAGCCCCCACAAGCCCACCCAGACCCAGACCCAGCCCCAUGGCCGGCAUGGCUCCAGCCCUCCACCCUGCUCCGGGGCCCCGACGGUCCCCCUCCUGGCCCCCCAGAUGUCCCCACAGCUCCGACAGCUCGCCAUGGCCCACCUGAUCAACCAGCAGGUGCUUCUAGAGCAGCACCAACAGCACCAACAGCACCAGCAGCACCAACAGCACCAACAGCACCAACAGCACCAACAGCACCAACAGCACCAACAGCAGCAACAGCACCAACAGCACCAACAGCACCAACAGCACCAACAGCAGCAACAGCACCAACAGCAGCAGCAGCACCAACAGCAGCCGUCGUCCUCCUCCCCACAGUUCCUCAGCCAGAAGUUCCUCCACCACCCUCCAAUCAGCCGGGCCUGCAAGCCUGAGGCCAGCCUCCCCCCGUCGUCCGCGGAGGUGUCCUGGGACAUCUACCGGCAGGUCCGGGACGAGCUGAAGAGGGCCAGCGUCUCCCAGGCCGUGUUCGCCCGUGUGGCAUUCAACCGCACCCAGGGCCUGCUGUCGGAGAUCCUGCGCAAAGAGGAAGACCCGCGCCUGGCCUCCCAGUCGCUGCUGGUCAACCUGAAGUCAAUGCAGAGCUUCCUGCUUCUGCCCCAGGGAGAGCGAGACCGCAUCUACCAGGAGGAGAGAGAGAGGGCCAGCAGCAGCAGUCUGAGUCUUUCACACAGUCAGGUCCCCACCGCCCCGGCACAGAGGCACACUCAGACCAAGCCCAGCCCGCCCUGCGCUGCCCCCCCGCUGGAGCCCACCGCCGGGGCCAGCAUCACCCCGGGGAUCUACGAGGAGAUCCACCAGGAGAUGAAGCGGGCCAAGGUCUCCCAGGCGCUGUUCGCCAAGGUGGCCGCCAACAAAAGCCAGGGCUGGUUGUGUGAGCUGCUGCGCUGGAAGGAGAGCCCCGGCCUGGAGAACCGGACGCUGUGGGAGAACCUGUCCAACAUCCGCCGCUUCCUGUCCCUGCCGGCGUCCCAGCGGGACCACGCGUACGAGGAGGAGUCCCGACAUCACCAUGGAGACCGCCCACCGCAGCCGGCGGACCUUCAGGCGCUCCACAGACACCCGAUGCCGCCUCUGAAGGACCCCUCGCCGGCACCCGAAGGCCCGCCGCCGUCCUUCUCCAGGGUGUACCGGAGCCCCGAGGACGGCCCUCCGCCGGGGGGCCCCAGAAGGGCUCGUUUUCGGACGCGCAUCUCCCUGGAGGCGCUGGGCAUCUUGCAGAGCUUCAUCGGGGACGUGGGCCUCUACCCGGACCAGGAGGCGGUCCACACGCUGUCGGCCCAGCUGGACCUGCCCAAGCACACCGUGGUCAAGUUCUUCCAGAACCAGCGCUACCACGCCAAGCAGCGCGGCUCGGCCCCCCAGGACGAAGAGGAGGAGGAGGAGGACUGGGGAGGCCCGGACCCUGGCCUCAGCCACAGCCACGACGGCGGCGAGAAGGGGUUGUCAGGGUCGGAGGACGAGGGGGCAGGCAAGGACGGCCAAAGGUCCGUGGAGACGAGCAGGGCGCCGGGUCCACAAGAAGGAGCGGGGGGCCUAAGACAGAGCAGGGGGAACGGGGCAGGGGAGCAGCCGGAGGAAGAGAGGGGCAAGGGGAGAGAUGGAGAAGCACCACCCCCGGAAGAUGUAGUGAUGGCCCCCAGGAGCGGCACCCGGAGCCCCCCUGACUUGGGAAGCAGCAUAGACAGCAGGACUGUGGUGUGAUGGGGGACCAGGGAAGGAGGUGCUGGGUAACGGGCAUUUGGGGUGCAGCUGCUGAGAAGCCGGGCUGCGGUGUAAAAAGGCCUUCCAGUCCUUUGAGAGAGCGAACUGUGAACUGAGAGGUUGCACUUGGACGAGUCGCUCGGCCGCACUGCUUGUUAGAGUGCAGUGUGUGCGUUGAGGUCAAAAGGGAUUGAAAAGCUGAUACCUCACCGCUGAGUAGGAGGCAAGCCACAGCCACAAGCUUCUCUGUCUUACAACAUAAACAGCAGGUCACCUGUCUUCACCUGUUUACUUUGGGACUUUUUUGGUUGUCCUUUUGUUCGUUUUUUUCCCAACAUGCAUUGUGAAGCUUACUAAUGGGCCUGAACUGCAGUACCCACGGAUUAGAGUGGCUGUCAGUGUUUCUCACAUCUUGUUCCUCCACUAUUUAUUGAUAUCUGUCCUUCAGUUGAAGUUCAAAUGUGUUGUCAUUGAUGGUUGUAUUUUUUAACAUCAUUACUUUAUUAGGACAGUAAAUAUCGGAGAAAGCUGGAACAAUAAAGCCUCAAGAAAUGUUCAUCAAAAUAUGUAAAAUGUAUGUAUAACAGUAACAGAAUAUUCCAUAUUCAGUUUUUAUCCACUGAUUUGUUUUGUAUGCCCCGAUGAAAAAACAAUCCACACGCACAAAUAUCAAAACUUGUGAAGGACGCUAACAAACACAAUGUAUGCAGCCUUUUGAUAAAACAUGGAGGAUAUGAUGAUGAUGAAUAAGAAAACAAAGCUGUUGAAUCAGUGACGGUUCAACCUUGUUCCUACACUUUCCAUGAUCUCUGUGUUAAAGGACCACAACAGUUUGGAUUAAAAAUAUCUUUUAAGCA